CACGCCCUCCGCUGGGAAACUCAGCUCAGCAGCAAGCAACGGUCGAUGCGAGAAAGCCGUUUCAACCCACACAACAGCUCUGGAAACACUGAGAAGGUCAUACGCAUCUCCUGCAUAACGACUGCAGACAUUCUCCACUACAUGAGGAAGAGCUUAACUUUUUCCUCCAGAUCCGGGUCUUUGCCCUAAUUUUUGAGUGGAGGAUUUGACACGUAAGACUUUGCCAAUAUAGUUUGAUCAAAUCUGCGGAGAGUCAGAAGUGCGUGAGCUCAGGUGUGAAAUUCUGCGGAUAUUUCACAUCCAAUGGUGCCAGUUACAGCGGAUCUCAGGGAGCAGUAACUGUUAACGUUAGCCUAAUAGCGACUUCAUCACUUCUUCAACAAGAGCAAUGAUGUCCAGAAUCAAGUAAAAUUAUGUCUCUGUUUAUCAUGCUUACACUUCUGGUGAAUUUCGUUAUCAUUUCCAGAGGCUUUGCUGCUUUGAUUCCCAGUGAUGGCAAGGCUGGGGUUUAUGAAGACCUGAAGUGGACGGCUCUGCUAUGUUGUCAGAUGCCCUUAGAUCAGAGAGUGGGCAGUGAAUCUGUCACCAGCGGUCUUUUGGAACAUUCAUCCACAGAACGGUGCCAACUGCUAAAUGCUUCAAGACCUGAACCCUCCAGUAAAUUACUCACCCUUUCUGGAAACUGUUUGGACAUCUUGUGCAUGUUUGAAGGUGAAUGGUCAAAUCUGAUUUGCAGUGCAAAGAGCCAUAAAGCAGCUGUCCCAGCCGUUAACCCACAACAAUUAGUUUUGGAGAUGGGUGUACUUUCAAAUGCAACAAACCAUACUACUCAGUGUGCUGGGGAAGAUACCGCCACAUGCUCUAUUCCUCUUCAUGGAAAUGAUGCAACUGUUUCGCUGUCCAUCGGUUUAUCUGUGAAUGGCACUACUGCGCUCUCACCAAAAUUGCUGAUCAACACACAUCAUCUACGUACACCAGACCCGCCAGUCAAUCUACAUUACAAUGUAACUACUGAGGGUGAGGUGAUAUUUCGAUGGAGCGGUACGCAACCUCACAGUGACACAAUCCGCUAUGAGGUCCGAUACUCAUCUAACUCUUCAAUUCAUCAGUGGGAGAUGGUGAAGGUCAGAGGUCACUCGUGGGUGGCUCUGAAUGAACUAAGUUCUGGGAUCAGAUACAUGGUUCAAGUGCGAUGCCAAAACGACUUAAACUACUGGAGUGAAUGGAGUCAACCUUUCUAUUUCACCCUUGAUGUGAGUUACAUCCCUGCUGAGGUCUUCACAACACCUGGCUCGAAUGUAACUGUUUACGCCGUUUUCCACAAUCGCAGCUGGAGUGCCAGCAAAGCCGUGUGGAUGCUGAACGGGCAGGUGAAGAUUCCGGAAAGCCAGUACAUGGUCAUCAACGAGCGUGUUAGCGCGGUCACGCUGCAGGCAACCAGCCCAGGGUUCGACUCUUUGAUGUGUUGCCACCCGUGGGGAGAGAGGUUCAAGUGCACCAUUGCCUAUGCCAAAAUGUACACGGAAGGGAGGUUUAAUGCAGAUAUUUCCUGCCAGAGCAAGAAUUCAAGGGUUGACACAAUGACCUGUGAGUGGAAUAAGAGUGCCUGGGCAGAGGUCAGGUUCCUUUACAGACAAUAUAAUUCGAUGUGCGAAGAUGUAUUAAAGAUGGAGAGCAUUGAAGAUGGUGAAGAAUCCCUGUCUUCGGUUAAGGAAUGUCCUUAUGGAGCAGGAGACCACAGGGAGUGCACUUUAAGCGACCUGAGCUUGUUCUCUUGCUACAAAAUCUGGCUGGAGGUGGAAGGGGGGCGUGGCAAAGUGAGGUCAUUUCCUGUAUAUGUUGCACCUAUUGACUACGUUAAACCAUCUCCUCCCUCAGAUUUGGAAGCAAUCACUUUGCCCAAUAAGACCCUAAAUGUAAGGUGGAGACGGCCUCUUUUACCUGUAUAUGAUAUGCAGUAUGAGCUGCGCUUUAUAGCUCUCCGUGGGAUGGCUAAUAUGCAAUGGGAGGUUAUCGGUCCUUUCUUGGAACCUCAGGCAGAAAUUCUACUUGAGAAAUCGUGUGUUCAGUUUAAAGUAGAGGUUCGCUGUAAAAGACUAAAUGGAUCCGGUUUCUGGAGUGACUGGAGCAAGAGUCAGCCUUCGGUUGUUUACAAUAGAAAAGCACCAGAAAUGGGACCAGACUUCUGGCGAAUCAUUCAAGAGGACCCUGUGAGGAAUGUGACAAACGUCACGCUGAUCUUCAAGUCGGCCCGGGCAGGAGAUCCAAACAGUUGUGUGGAGGGACUGGUGAUCGUACACCAGGUUGCGGGAGGAGCCGCAUGGUCAAACGAAACAUCUAUAGUCCCAUUCCACUCGUUCCAGUGGAGGCGGGAAACUCACACGGUUACCGUCAUGUCUCGCAACUCUUUGGGCGUCUCUACAUGGAAUAGCAACAUCACGCUAUCACGUCGACCCAAACGACGUUCUGUACGGUCGUUCAGCGCAGGGGCUAAUGCUAGCUGCGUGUAUCUCUCAUGGACGCUGUUAUCUGAUCAACCCCGGCCUCAGUCUUUUGUCAUCCAAUGGCUAGACCUGAACAAAGACCCUGAACAGAACCGGUCACUAACUGAGAGAAUGCAGUGGGUCAGAGUUCAGUCCGCCGCAAGAGAUCUCUCACUUUGCCAACGGUUCUAUGGCUCGGAGGAGUUCACCUUGUAUCCAGUUUUUGUGGAGGGUGAAGGGGAAUCGGUACGAUGCACAGCUACAAGGGGAGACCCUGCAGCCUACAUGCUCCUAAUGAUCAUUGCCUUCCUGUCUAUAGUCCUGUUCAUCACACUUAUGAUGUCUCAAAACCAAAUGAAAAAACUAAUGUGGAAGGACAUACCAAACCCAAACAACUGCUCUUGGGCCAAAGGAAUGGAUUUCAGGCAGAUUGACACCAUGGAAAACUUGUUCCCUCACCCAGAAGGUCUCACUGCUUGUCCUCUGCUGCUGGUCUCUGAGAGUAUCUGUGAAGUGGAGAUCAUUGAGAAACCUCAUCCUCUUAUACUAAAAUGUGAAAAAGACAAUGACAAUCUCCUUUACAACUCUGUAGACAUCAAAAGGACAACCACCGACUCUUCAGAACCCUUAUCUCUGGAGGCCUCCACUGCCGCCGCUACGCCAGAAACAUCAGGCCAGUCCUCGGUAAUAUACUCCAACGUUCUCAUCUCCGAUCAGCCUGGUCUUCUUCGAAAACAGCAGGAGAGUCUGAGCAGCUCCAGCGAUGAGGGCAACUUCUCUGCCAACAACUCGGAUAUUUCCGGUUCCUUCCCUGGAGGACUCUGGGACCUAGAGAACCAAGUUUGCUCUGACGGCACCAACCGCCAUUCCAGUUCCUACAAUUCUGUAGAAGAGCUCUCAGAAACCUCAGAACAAGAGUAUGAAGCUUCAGGUGUAGCCAAAAACCUUUACUACCUUGAAGUGAACGGAAAUGAGGUGGAGGAAGAAGAGAUGAUGGAUGACAAAUCGGAGAGCGAAGAAGCACAGGAUAAGAAUGCAGAAUUCCAGCUUUGCAAAGCAGAUACUAAGCCUCUUUUGGAAGACAAUAAUCACAGCAUUCCUCUUUAUCUGCCUCAGUUUCGAACUGAACACAUCAAUCCACCGUGAAAUAAUGAAGUGAACAGUGCCCCCUAGUGGUAACUUGGGAUCAUGUUUUUUCUGGAGGUAAAUUAUGAAAAUGCCUCGUUAUUAAAGCAACACUAUGUAGUUUCCAUGUAAAAAUGACUUACAGCUCCCCCAUGUGGUUGAAAAGUGCAACAGUGCCUGGUAUCAGACACUCUUCUGCAGGCAGGGGGAGGGGCGGGGCUGUGUUUCCUACCCUCCACCGCCACUUUCAGAGUGUGCUUGUAGCAGCUGGGAGGCUGCUCAGGUUGCAGCAACAGUACAAUUUGUCCAGUUAAAAGUUGUUCUAUCACUGAAAUAAUUUUAGAGACAUUAUUUAAAGGUAAAAAAACUACAUAGUGUUGCUUUAACAACCACAACCCUGAUCUGACAUUUUUAUUCAUUCUGAGCACAACCAGACCAUUAAAUUCAUGUUUUGCUCACUGCCAAUCCAGUGUUACAAACCGUGUUUCAAAGGACUUGAUCUGCUUGAUUCGUCCCCUAAUUUUUAAUGCCUUUGAAGGGUCUACAGUCGAGUUGUUAAGGGAAUCUAAGCACUUUGAAUGUCUCACCGAUAGGUUGAUGAUCAGCCUGUCAUUGCUGGAACUCGCUGCUUUGCGACUUUAUCGCAAGGAAUCUUUUAUACACGUUUGAAGGUUGAAGUGAAAUCUUGAAAAGACCACAUUUAAAGGAAGUAGGUGCUUUAAUACAAAAGUUCAAAGUAAGAAGGACUUUAUUUUCUCUAACAGUGUGGCAUCGUGUACACUGGUCACAGCUUUAGUGGCUGUUGUGCGUUUUAGUUGCUUCAUAAAGUGUUUCAUACGUGAAGGGGCUUCAUUCAUCCUUAUUGCAGCUUUGUGAAGGUCUGGCUCUUAAUGUCCGCUUUUACGUACAGUACAUUGAGCUUAAUCAUUCAAUAUGAAUGUAUAUUUUCUCAGUGAGGUCAAUGUUCUUAAAAAAAACUCAAAUAUUUUGAGUAUAAAAUGUCACUUAUUUUCAGUGUCUGAUUUUUUCUUAUGAAAUAAGGGUUGAAUGUAACUGUCAGUGAAUGUGGUUAUAUACGUCUCAGAGUAUCAGAAAGAAUGUAUACGUGUAUUUUUGUCUAUUUUUCUG